AGAGAGAGAGAGAGAGAGAGAGAGAGAUGGGUGCAGAUUGGGGGCCUGUCAUUGUCGCGGUGGUUUUGUUCAUUCUCUUGUCACCAGGGUUGCUGUUCCAACUACCAGCAAGAGUAAGGGUGAUAGAGUUCGGGAACAUGAACACAAGCGGGAUUGCCAUUCUGGUUCAUGCCAUUAUUUACUUUUGCAUACUCACCAUCUUGAUCAUUGCAAUUGGCAUUCACAUACAUGUUAAUUGAUCCAAACUAUGUAACUUUUCUUUGUAACUUUUCUAAUUUCUCUUUUCUUUGUAAUUUUUCCUCUUAAUGUUCCUUACUUGGCUUCUUGUUAAGUGUUAUGCGGAUGCCUAGUAGGUUUGGUUCUCAUUAAAAGAGAAAUCCAUAAAUUGUCUUAUUUGGUAUUGGUAGUGUUCCUUUUUUAAAGAUGCACUGAAUCACUGA